UGGAAUGUAAACAUGGCAACCACAGAAACAAAUAAUCAAAUAAAAACAGACUUAAUACUAUCUGUUCAAGAUAUCAAACUUGAAACAGAAACUGCUGAGCCAGUACUGGUUAAAAUAAAUAGUCACGAAGAGAACAAAGAUGAGGCACAAGAGAAAAAAGACCUUGUGUUUACAGAGGUCUCUUUAGACACAAGUCAGAAAAUAAACAAAAACACAAAGGUGCCCAGGAGAAUUCUUCAUUUUAGUGAUGGUGUCUUAGAAGAGUACAGCACAGAUGAUGGAGAAGAAGUUGAAGAUGUAACAGAUUCCACAGCAUUGCUGGAUACAAAACAAAUGGCAUGGAUUCCGUACUUAUGGUACCUGGCCUGGUGGAUGGGGAGUCGAACCUUAGCUGGAUGUGAUUUUCUUGGUGAAAAGCUUGCAUAUUUCUUUGGAAUCACCUCACCAAAGUACCAGUAUGAAUUGGAAGAAUAUCAGAAAAUGUUAGAAGAGAAGGAGGAAGAGAAGAAGAUAGAAGACAUAGAAAAUGUUGGCUGGAAGCAAAUGGAAGAGCAGCUGAGUAGUAUUGAAGUCAAACCUCCAGGUAAAAAUUCCCUGGCAAAUGAGCAGUCCCUUGUUGGUCCAAAUGUUUUAUCAGGGGAUGGUGGAGACAUCCAGAUGACUACCAGAAGUGCCACUACAGGCAUCAAAUCACAAUUAUCUGAUGAUACCUUCUUAACAACAUAUGACACAGAGCCCAACAUGGUUGAAAAUGGUUCUGUGACAUCCACGACUAAUGAUUUGGCUCAGCAGAGUAGGGAUACUUCAGAGACAUCUGAAGUUAAUAUUCAGCCCCAGGAUUGGGAAAGAUUUUGAAGUUAUUUGAUGAAGUACUUGCACAGGAUCUGUAUGAAACUGCACAGUGUGCUACUAAAGUUCCAAAUAAUAUUUAAGGCUAUUGUUCUAUCAUUUUUUGUUGCACAGUUGUAACAAAAAAAAAGAUAUUUAGAAUGUAAAGAUGUAUUUACUUAUGGAAGAUGUUAAAUUAUUAUGUCUAAACAAACAAUUAUCAUACUUUAGUUUUUUUUUUUCACUGAUAGAAGUGAGAAUAAGAACUGAACAACUGGUUUACAAGUUUUGGGGAAAUUGGGAUUCAGGCUUUUGAACAGCAUAAAAUAAGGUUCAGUGUAAGAAAUUAACAAUAUUCCCCAAACUAGAAAUUAAAUCUUAUAAUACAGUUGCACCAUAUGCCUCUACCAUACUGAUUAUUCUGUUUUAAAUAGAUCUAUUAGCUUAUGUAGGCUUGACACAAUGUUCACUGAGACCUCCUCGGAGUGAGACAACAAGUAUGAUAAUCAUUAAUAAAUCAGUUUUGUUAUUCUUUUUAUUAUAAAUCAUAAAUAUUUUUGUUACAAAUAUUACCAUUUGAGCAUUAUUAACAUUAUAAAUGUUAUUGAAUUUAGAAGUUUUGCAAUGUUUUCACCAAAAGCUUCUAAACACUGAUAUCAACAAAAAUAAAAUCUGUUGUUAAUAGUAGCAAUAAUUUAUGCUAACCCUAUGUAGACAGGCUAGGUCAGUUUAAUUGACUUUGUAACCACCAUAUAAACAUGGUAUUAGACACAUAACACUGAAUGUACUAAGUGUAUCUUCACAAAGUUUAGCAAGUUUUUAGAAAACAUUACAAGUUUGUUGUAUACAAAAAAUCAGAUUUUUAAGAAAAUAUUUUUACUAAAGAUUUUUCUGUAAAUUUAUAAACUCUUUACUAAAUCAGUCUUGAGUGAAAGGCAACUUUUAUGCUAAGAAUAAGAAUACUGCUUUUCAUCUUACAGUUUCGUAUUUCAUUUUCAUCACCUCUAGAACCUCCUUAAUUAAUGUCA